UGUUACAGAAAAUGGAGGACUAUAUAAAAGACCGUUCAAUGAAGCUUUUGAAGAAACGCCCAUGCUGGUUGCCGUGCUCACAUAUGUGGGCUAUGGGGUGCUUACCCUCUUUGGAUAUCUUCGGGAUUUCCUGAGGCACUGGAGAAUUGAAAAGUGUCAUCAUGCAACAGAAAGAGAAGAACAAAAGGACUUUGUGUCAUUGUAUCAGGAUUUUGAAAACUUCUAUACAAGGAACCUCUACAUGAGGAUAAGAGACAAUUGGAAUCGACCGAUCUGCAGCGUGCCUGGAGCCAAGGUGGACAUCAUGGAGAGACAGUCUCAUGACUACAACUGGUCAUUCAAGUAUACAGGGAAUAUAAUUAAAGGUGUUAUAAAUAUGGGUUCCUACAACUAUCUUGGAUUUGCACGAAACACUGGAUCAUGUCAAGAAGCAGCUGCCAGGGUCCUAGAGGAGUAUGGCGUUGGAGUGUGCAGUACUCGGCAGGAAAUUGGAAACCUGGACAAGCAUGAAGAACUAGAGAAGCUUGUAGCAAGGUUUUUGGGAGUAGAAGCUGCUAUGACAUAUGGCAUGGGAUUUGCAACAAAUUCAAUGAAUAUUCCUGCUCUUGUUAGCAAAGGUUGCUUAAUUCUGAGUGAUGAGCUAAACCAUGCAUCGCUGGUUCUAGGAGCCAGACUGUCGGGGGCAACCAUUCGAAUCUUCAAGCACAACAAUAUGCAAAGCCUAGAGAAGCUAUUAAAAGAUGCCAUUGUUUAUGGUCAGCCUCGGACACGAAGGCCCUGGAAGAAAAUUCUAAUUCUUGUGGAAGGAAUAUAUAGCAUGGAGGGGUCUAUUGUUCGCCUUCCUGAAGUGAUUGCCCUCAAGAAGAAAUACAAGGCAUACUUGUAUCUGGAUGAGGCUCACAGCAUCGGCGCCCUGGGCCCUAAAGGUCGAGGUGUGGUAGACUACUUUGGCUUGAAUCCUGAGGAUGUGGAUGUCAUGAUGGGAACGUUCACAAAGAGCUUUGGUGCUUCUGGAGGAUACAUUGGAGGCAAGAAGGAGCUGAUUGACUAUUUGCGCACACAUUCUCACAGUGCAGUGUAUGCCRCAUCUCUGUCACCCCCUGUGGUGGAGCAGAUCAUCACCUCAAUGAAGUGCAUCAUGGGGCAGGAUGGCACUAGCCUUGGCAAAGAAUGUGUGCAGCAGUUAGCCGAGAACACUAGGUAUUUCAGGAGACGACUGAAGGAGAUGGGCUUCAUCAUCUAUGGAAAUGAAGAUUCUCCAGUGGUGCCUUUGAUGCUCUACAUGCCAGCCAAAAUUGGCGCCUUUGGACGAGAGAUGCUAAAGCGAAACAUUGGUGUAGUUGUGGUAGGAUUUCCUGCUACCCCAAUUAUUGAGUCCAGAGCCAGAUUUUGCCUGUCAGCAGCUCAUACCAAAGAAAUACUUGAUACGGCCUCUGCUUCCCCAGAUCUCAACUCUCCUGGAGAAGAGGAGAUACCACUGCUCCCUGGAACCCACCUGCAGGCAGGGCCAUGCCAGCACAGGUGCCAGACUCUCCCAGAGCCAACAGCCUGGACCCCAGGCAAGGCCACCUCUCCCAAGACCCUGGAGGACAGUCCCUUGCUAUUGGAGCUGCAGAAACUGCCAGGAAUGGCCAACACAGACCUGGGCACCCGGAACCCCAACAUCCAGGUGACCAUCGAGGUGGUAAAGGACCCCCAGGCUGAGGUGGAGAUGGACUUGCUGGCCAAGCCCAGUCAUCGCUGGCCCCAGGAUGCCCCCAGCCAGAUGCCCACCAAAGAGCUCUUCUGGCCCCUCUUCUGGAGCUACCUGGAAGAUGAGGAAGGGGACACUGGCUUCAGGGACAGAGCCCCAGGGGAAGAGAAGGAGGUGGGAGAGGAAGAGGAGGAUUACCUUUCCGAGUACRGUGAGGGCGGGGACCAGGAGGAUGCCGACGAGGAUGAGGUGCCUUGGUCUGGUGGGGCCACAGAUGGCUGGUCCUUCAGGGAGCUCGACAGCUAUGACUACGAGCUUCAGGAGGAGUGGAGCCCCUGGUCUCCCUGCACUGGGAACUGCAGCCGCGGCAGCCAGCAGAGGACUCGGGCCUGUGGCUAUGCCUGCACUGCCACCCAGACCCGUACCUGUGAUUUGCCCCCCUGCCCUGGCGCUGAGAACAAGGACAACUUGGGCUUUCCCAGCGAGGGGCGGCAGCCCCUGGCCCACAAUGCUACGGACUUGCUUGGCCCAGAUGUGGACAGCUGUGAGAAGUGGCUGAACUGCAAGAGCGAGUUCCUAGACAAGUACGUGAGCCAGGUGCUGCGGGACCUGCCCAGCUGCCCGUGUGCCUACCCGCUGGAGGCCGUGGAUAGUGCCGUGAGCCUGCAGGACGAGCACCAGGGCCGCAGCUUCCGGUGGAGGGAYGCCAGUGGCCCACACGAGCGCCUGGACGUCUACCAGCCCACGGCGCGUUUCUGCCUGCGCUCGCUGCUGUCGGGGGGCAGCAGCACGCUGGCCGCCCAGCACUGCUGCUACGACGAGGGCAGCCGGCUGCUGACCCGUGGCAAGGGCGCCGGGGCCCCGGACCUUGUCAGCACGGACUUCUCACCUGAGCUGCACUUCAAGGUGGACAAGCUGCCCUGGAUCCUGUGUAAGGGGGACUGGAGCCGUUACCAUGCUGUGCGGCCCCCCAACAAUGGCCGGGCCUGCGCGGACAACCCCCCUGAGGAGGAGUAUCUGGCCCAGUUGCAGGAGGCCAAGGAGUACUGA